UUACUUUUCCACAUUGGCUUGAAGCUAUGUUGAGAGAGAAGUUCUUCAACGCAUGUCUGAUACAUGAGACGGCCAGGAAGAACGAAAAGAACAUCUUUUGUUUAGAUUGCUACACCAGCAUCUGCCCUCAUUGCUUAUCCCUCCACCAUUCUCAUCGUCUCCUCCAAAUUCGACGGUAUGUUUACCACGAUGUCAUUCGAUUAGACGAUUUGGAGAAAUUAAUUGACUGCAAUUUCGUUCAAUCUUACACGACGAAUAACGCAAAAGUGGUAUUUUUAAACCAUCGGCCUCAAUCUCGACCGUUUAGAGGCUCAGGCAACAUCUGUUAUACCUGUGAGAGGAGUCUGCAAGACCCAUAUCUUUUCUGCUCUCUUGCUUGCAAGGUGCAGCAUCUGGUGAGAAAGGAAGGCGGGCUGUCGAAAUACCUCCACGACUGUGAAUUCCUACCAUUGCCGGAAAGAGUGAAAGCAGAGUGCUCCUUUUGCGAGCUGGAUGACGGUCAGAUGACGCCCGAUUCGAUACUUGAGUCGCCGGUUUUAUUUGGAACUUCGUCAGGCUCGGGCGCAAGUGGCAUAGUAGGUUGCAGGACACUGGCGUGCACGGCCACGACCGAGUUCGUGAAGAAGAAGAGAAGCAGCGUUUUGGGCUUAAAGACAGCGUUUCGGCCCAUAUGCUCGCCUGCUAUCGAGAUGGCGGUUCACUUGAACCGGCGUAAAGGGAUUCCGCACCGUUCGCCUCUUUACUGAACGGGGUUCGGUGAAGAAGUUUUGUACGAGGUAAGGAGAUGUAUGGUAUUGUAGAUGUUUUCGGGGAGAAGGGCAGAAAUGGAAUUACUCCCAAUUUUGUAGAGAAAUUCUAGUUUUUUUCUUUCUUUUUUUAAUUCACAAGGUUUCUUCUUUGACUCCACUUUAAAAUUUCAGUUCUUAGGUAUCUAUUUGACCGAAUUGCCUUCAGUUAACUAAUGCUACUUUAGCUUGAGUUUUGGUGUU